UAAAAUGUAUUCAAUGUGUUUUACAGCCACUCUCGCGCCUUAUUGUCUUCUGUGUUGUGAGUCAUAAAUGUUUAAGACAUCGAAUUUAAAAAGAUGACACCUUUCAGCAAGAGUUUGCUGUUGGUAUUUGUGCUUGUUCUGUGCAUGCCUAUAAUGAACCGACAUGGCCGAUUUUCCAUUGCUAAGGAGAACAAGAUUAACAUCUUCCCCACACGUCGAAGUCGCGGUCUACAGGGGUAGAGGGAAACAAACAUUUGUAAAACACGCAGAUGUUGGCAGUGGGGCGGCGCUCCUGCCACAAAUUAAUACAAAACGUGAUCCCACAGUAAUCUGAACAGAUAUCCGUUUUGACUGUCAGGGAGGUUACAGUCUCCUGCUAACAUGUAGCCUAUGGGUUUAUGUAGGCCUACAUGGUGUGAUACGAGGAUAGUGUCUGAUAGUUGUACUACUUACGCGGCUUAAUUGCAUAUGUUAAUAUAUUGCCAUGCAUGGUCAGCUAUAGCGUCAUUUCAUCUCUGGCGAGGAAUUUUUUAUAGAGAGCGAGAGCGGUAUUUCAAACAGUAGGCCUGUAUUAUGUAACUUUCUCGCUAUAGUCGUGUUUUUUGUUCAAAUUUGACCUUUAGACGUCACUUCUACCGACCAAAUAUUUUGAGUAGGAAUACAUUCAGAUAUGAUUUUGAUGAGCUGGUGGGCCCUUGGUUAGAAAUAUGCCACUUUUGUUUAUCAACCUGUAGGCCUACUUUAAAAAAAAAUAGUUUUAAGGAAGUCUACAUUCCCCCAUUCCCUCUUGUCACAACCGUUGGCGGUGUUUGCAGUAGAGAGUAGAACCACUGCGUCUGGUCCAUGGAGCAAUAGGUCAUGGCCGCUCCUCCUGCGCUGCGGGGGGAGAUUUCUCCCCCAUGGGAUUCACACCUAAUCAGGUUUUGUCGGCACAACCAUUCUAUAGGGGUAGUGCAUUAAAACUACGGCGGUAUGUGGCCGCAUAGGGUUGCGAAAAAAGACCCAGCCGGCCUGUGGCGAAAUGUAAAUAGCACAUUUUGGAGAAACGCAACCCGAUGUCAGCCUGCGGUGGCCAAUCACUUUAGCCAUUGAUCAUUCCGAAGACGCCCUCCAUGCAACGGUUGCAUUGUAGCGUCCACUGCUGAUUUGGUGUGAAUGAGCCUUAAACCAAUGCCACAACAGAAAACCAUAAGGGGCUUACAAUAACCAUUCCAAAGAAUGCACGAGUUUAAUAAUUGUCACUUUAGAAUAAUUGAAAUUACAAAACAGCAUUAGAAAAAUAUAUGGGUACUUGUAAUGGGAUUGCAUUGACACAAUAAUUUUAAUGGCCAGGGAUUCAUUCUGGAUUUAUAAUCUUAUCCUACCAGUGAUUAGUGGAAGAUUAGAUGGGUGUGUCUAAGCUAUAGCGUAGGACGUUUCCUAUCUCUUCCUUCCAGUUGGUAGAUCCAGUUGGUAGAUAGUGAUGGGUUGUUUUUGAAAGCACCCCAUAGAAGUCAUUGUGGCUAGUCAACAAAACUGUGCUGUGACUGGUGUGUUCAUACAUACGCGCACACAGCCUUUGUUUACUGUGCAUAGUCUACAUGGGAACAGGGAUGUCGGUUCCAGGGGGAUUUAGCUGGUGCACCCUUGGUCUCGUUUAGUUUCCUUGAAGAAGAUAAGGACAAUAAAACAAAUACAAAACCAAUGAUAACAACAUUAACUCUCGAACCCUUACCCUCACAUAUAUCAUUUUAUAGGCCUACAUAAAAGUUUAAUCAGUCAAGAUUCAAACCAUCCAAGGCAAGACAAAAGAGAGUAUCAGUUUACAGCAUGUAUUAUGUUAAAUAUAAUAUGCAUAUUUACCAAGCAGAAUGCGUAUAUGCCUUCCACCUUAUCAGAAUAACUUAACACCUGAUCAACUUUAAUCAUUCUGGUAGAAACUGAUGAAUCAGUUUAAUGAACUGGUUUCAACACAAAUCGAAUGACUGCUCUGUGUGGGACAGAGUUGGCUAGUUCUGGUCUGGCAUUUGAGGUAUGACAUUUAAAGCCAUAAUCAUGUUUCAAGACCAUUUUUUGGUCUCGAAAGUUAGUGCGGUAGAACAUUAAAUCUUGAGACAAUUAUCAUAAUUGAUAUGAGCAUUUGUCUGUGUCCUAUAGACACCUAGAGCCACCAAAUAUAAUGGUGUUAAUAUAUUUCUUUGUUGAACGUAGGUUGUCCGUCAGCACACACAACUAUAACCCUAACCCUAGUUUUUAAAUGGCUAAAAAGUUAAAGAAAACAACGUAAUCCUGAUUUUACUCAUCACUUUUUUCUUUUUGGGGAGUCCGAGCACGUAUAUGGGGCUAUCUCAGCUUAAUUUAACCAUACACAUAGCCAUUUAGCAUAUGAAGAAGACGAAACGGCCAAGAAUAGACAACCAACAGCUGCCUGUCAUUUACGUGUGAUUCAUAUAACUUCUUGACACCCUGUGCCAUUCUUGCUCUGCAUAAUGUAUGCGAAACCCAUUGCUGAGGAGGGACGAGUAGGAGACGAGACGGAGCACGCCUGCACAUGCGUUUCCACGUGAUUUUUUUGCAAAUUAGUUGGCUUACGUUUGGUUUUUUUAAGAAAUAAAAUUGGAUGAAGAACACAGUCCUCGUCAGCGUCAGUAACCUAUAACCGCGCAUCUCUAAGAUGAAAGUAAAUUAAUGAAACAUAGGACUAUGUAGGACCAUGGUUGUAAUAAAUUCUGCGGGGACGAAUGCAAAUAAUUCAUACGGGGUUGUCUUUUUAAUUUGUCAUCGAUGUACAUUUUUGGCUCAACGUACUGUUUUUAACAGGGCAUGUCAUUUGCCCUCAUUAACCCGUUCCUCAUGAAUAUAGUAAAACGAGUGGUAUAUAACUCGGCCGACCAAUCCGCUCUCGGCUUGCUCAAAGCCCGCCCCCUUUGUGCAGCAAAGUUUAGGAUGCGCCUAUCGACGACGACGGUUGCUGUGUUUUAUUCGAUAAGAGGUGCGGUUUACCCCGAUGGGAAAAAUACCCGUUGUCUGUUUGUUUUAGAGUAGAAUAGCGGUGUCCGACGAAGAUAUACAUUGACCACCACUGUCGUAGUACUACUAUAUCUGGAUUUAUACUGCGCCAAGUCGUGCCACACAUAUCGAUCUCGGUCACUACCGUGUUGGGGGGGGGGGAGGUCGCCGAGUAUACUAUUUUCGUAAAAUAGUACAAAAGAAGAAAGAAAAAUGUCUGGGGAGCCGAUAACUAUAACAAUGGAAACUACCAAUAGUGGUGGACUGGGUUCGUUGCCGUUGGUUUUUAAGAAGAUAAUGGACGUACCCCCGCCGAAUCUACUAGAGGGAGACGACGAUUCUGACAAGGAUAAGCUUUGUCUGGAUGACAACCUUGAAAUGGGUGGAAUCGACAUUGGGCCUUCUGCCGCCCUGACCCCGGCCAUCUGGGACAAGACCAUCCCAUACGACGGCGAAAACUUCCACCUGGAGUACAUGGACCUUGAGGAGUUCCUCUUGGAGAACGGGAUCGCCAACGCUGCCGCAGCCCUUGACGACUCCGACAUGGGCAGCUCAGGCGAAUGCUCCCCAAAGAAGGCUCUCAAAGGCCAGGCAGCGGUGACCCCAAAGUGUCCUUCGUCGCCAGCGACCCUGCUGCCCACCGCGGCACUUGACCAGUCUGAGGAGGUCGUCGGCAUCAGCGAGCUAGCUGUUGAGUCUGAGAUCUGCAUAGAGGUGAGCACGGACGAGGGCAGGCUUACCCCCGACCCCGCGGACAUCGAGGUGGACAUCGCCUUCGAGCCGGACCACACCGACCUGGUGCUGUCGAGUGUGCCCGGUGGCGAGCUGUUCAACCCCCGCAAACACAAGUUCACAGACGAAGACCUCAAGCCCCAGCCCAUGAUCAAGAAGGCCAAGAAGGUGUUGGUUCCUGAGGAGAGGAAGGAUGAGAAGUACUGGCAUCGGAGGAGCAAGAACAACGUGGCAGCCAAGCGAUCCCGCGACGCGCGGCGCCUGAAAGAGAACCAGAUCACGGUGCGCGCUGCAUUCCUGGAGCGCGAGAACUCGGUGCUGAGGUCGGAGGUUGUCGAGCUGCGGAAGGAGUGCGGGCGAUACAAGACCACGGUGACCCGCUUCCAGGCCAAAUACGGAGCCCUGUAAGUGACCCCGUCCGCCCUCCUCAAGACCCUGUCAUGUACACAGGGCACAGGGCCGCCAAUGUUGCACACGUGCUCAGACUAGUCUCCCACCAUAUUAAAUAGUAUAGUUUAUUUUGUUUUAUAAAAGAAACCGCAGCCAGCUCAAAGGUCAAUAUUUUGUCACUGGUUGAAAACUAUGAAUGUCUUCCAUGGUGGCUUCACUACAAUAUUGUGUAAUGCUGUGAUUAAGUUGUUUCUCAAAUUGUGUGGCAAAGAGUGAAAUGUUCAUCUACAUUUGUAAUGGUAAAUGAAGAAGAUAGCCUAGAUCUGAUGAGGUUUAUUAAAUAAAGAAAAGGGAAACUAUAAGUAACAGCUUUUUGACCGCCCCUUUCUAUCUAACAUUUCUCACAGGUUUUAAGUGGACCUGUGGCAGAGCCCUUGGCCUAGGACUGAUUAAUUAAUGUAUUGUUUGCUGUUCAAUUCAAAUGAUUAAAUGGGGGUCAUUCCUUUACAUUGGACAUUCAAUUUUUUCUUGACCUGUCCCAUUGUAGUUAAAGAUGAUCAAGUUGACUCAAUAACCAUGGAGGGAGGUAAGAGGGAAGAAUGGUUGAAAUGUAAACGCUACCCAAUUCAACUUUAAAAAGGAAAUAUAGUAAUGUUAAAUGGAAAUAGUAGAAUUAAAGGAACAUUGGUUGGUAGUUUGCCUUAACGGAAAAAAACAUUCACCCUAGACAACAUUAGAGAUGGAAAGAUGGAAAUUCGAUUUAUUAAAAAGUGUGGUUAAUAAUUACUGCUGAUGCUGAUGAAGUCACUGGGUCUACAUCUUUAUCAAUUGUCCUAAAUUGUGCAUCUUCUUACCUGCCAUAUCACACCACACGGAGACUCAAAUAAUUUGUAAUGACAACCUCAGUUUUAAAGUUGUUUUUUUUACCCGCUCUUGACUUAUAUUAAUAUAUUAAGAGGCAAGUUAGGUCCAAAGAGAUAUAACCUCACAACUCAAAUAACUUGUCUUUAUUCAGGAAACUUAACGUAUAGGAAUACACCCAUAUAAGCCUUGACAGUGAGUUCUAGUUAUUAGUCUGGUCCAACACUAGGGUUUGUCAUGCUUGAAACUGUCAACUCUAUCCUGUAUUGGUUAUCUUGUCUAUUGUUAUAUGUAGUAUGUUUGCAUGCCUUGUAAAUAACUAGAUAUAUAGUUUAAGGGUUGUGUUUCAGGGAUACUUUUUAAAUGUUGAAAGACUGCAUAAAUGGGAUAUUAGCCUUGCCUUUGGCAUUAGUUAAAAUGUAUUGCCAGUCCAGCCUACACGGUUAGAUCAGCACUUAAAAGUACAUUUUGUUUGAUAACUGCUUAAUAACACACAUUUGCAUUGAUUUCGUAUUUCUGGUUAGACUUGUAUCAGGAUCCUUUCAGGAAAAAAGUGUAUUUUCACUGUCAAUGCACUACUUGGUUUACAAUACUCAUGUAUUUGAUUGGAACUAAAAUAAAGCCUAUUUUGUUUUGGGCGAUAGAA